AUGCCUGAGUCAUUAUCAUUAUGGCGGAAAUUCUCGAGAAGCAAAGUGAAAUCCUCCCCAAAUUACCUGAGAUUGAUCCUCUUCUUUGUCUUCGGACUCUAUGUGACCAGUAAAGUUGUGGAUGUGAUCGGAUUUGUAAUGCAAACCGAAGAAUCUUACCCGGAAGCAGCCCCAGGCAUGGACAGUAUGAAUGUGGUGGCCAAGGAAUGUUCGGCUACAACCAAGAUCUGUUAUAAUGUAGUGGAUUACAGUUCAGAGUAGGCCUAAUUAAGAGAGAAACAGUUUGUUUUCAGCGUGCUCGGGUUGAAUGUAAACCGAGUAAUUUAUUUGAACGGGAUGGAGAAGGAAGUGGAUACGAUGGUCGCCCUUAUUCCAUUGCCCGGCCGCACUUUCCAUGAUUCUGAUACCAGAUUUUGGUCUGUCAAUCAUACAGUAAUCCAGUCACAGUACGUUGCCCUUAUUUGUAUCGCUCCUUUUGUGGUUGGGAGUGUCCCUUCAAUGAAUUCGGAUUACGGUAACGCCUCGGUUCUGAUGGUGGGUUUGGGUGGUGGGAGUGCCGACAUGUUUUAUCACACCAUCAGACCUCAGGUAAAUUAAAAAAUCAUUAGAAUACGCUGUUCUAGUGGAAUAUCACAGUUUAUGAGAUUGAUCCGACGGUUGUAAAACUGGCGAACAAAUGGUUUGGAGUUGUUGACGACGACUUUAGAAGGACGGUAAUCCAAGAUGGAGUUAUUGCCAUUAACGAAUCUGCCAGUAAAGGUAACUGAUCUCUUAAGUGUUAGGUACAACUAAUACAGGUCUGAAAUACGAUGUGAUUGUGCUGGAUGCUUGUGAUGAAGAUGGUCAGAUACCCUGUCCAGCGAAAACUUUUCUCCAACCACAUCUGUUGAAUAAUGUCAAGAGUAUGUUAACGAUCAAAGGUUGUUUGAUAGUGAAUGUUCUUCUCCUCAAUAAUCCUGAUAAGAAUCUGGGCACGGUGGAGAAAACUCUUUUGAACUUCUUCCCAUUGUGUGUUAAUCUACGACCAGAUCAAGAGACCAACGUUAUCUUUAUCUGUUUGCCAUACCGGAUACAAAAAAGUAAUCUGGAGAAUACGAAGAAACAAUGGGAAUCCGAGGCUUCACAGCUCAUGAGGAGAUUCGAUUUCCGCUUCCACACCUUCAUGGACGUUAUGGUCAAUUAA